GUAAAGCUAAUUUCAGAUUUCGAUAAAUUACAUGAUCUCAGGCUUGCGAUCCUGUUGGAACAGCCUUACCUUCCCAUGUCCUGCUUAGAGCUUGGGUGUCCAGUCUCAUCCACUUCAACGACAGAUGACUUUUUACAACUCCAUUGCCUCAUGGUUAACUUAUUGCCUAAAUUGAACGAGGGAUCCUCAAAGCAAUCUCUUCUAGAAUUCGCAUUUGUGAUUGAUUGCUCAGGAAGCAUGCAAGGUGAUCGAAUAGAACAUGCUAAACAGGCUAUGUUGCUACUGGUCAAGAGUCUGCCCUCUAAUUGUCGGUUCCAGGUCGUGCGCUUUGGCUCAGAAGCUAAAACUUUUUUUCCCAGGUGA